ACAAAUUGUACGCAAGGAAGGCGCGUACUCGGCAAUAUGAGAUUCAGGAAUACGGGGAUUGAGGCGACCAGGCGAGAACUGCAAACAGUGGCAUGGACCCCAGUUUGAAUAAUGAGGAACAUUUUGAGGAACCCAUAGAAAGGGGGUUGCAAAGGGGAUCUACAUGUCUUUAAUACGAAAUAUCUAAGCUGCUGCAUCAACACAGAGACAACAUAUUCGUAGAGGGAUGAAUCUCCUUCCAUUCUGUGGAGGCCCCCCAUUUGUGUCCGAUGGAUUUCCCCGUGAACAUUGCAUUGCUUGGCACCAGCAACUCCACCGCUCCAGACAACACCUCUGGCACGGGUUUAACGCUAGAAAUAGUCACCAUAGCACCGGUGUUACACAGCUUUUUUACGAAGGCCAGUCAUGGAAACCUUACGGGCGGAGGCGACGAAAACCAACAACACAUACCCGUGCAGAGCGCGGAGGGAAACUCUGUCCUCCAGGGCAUCACGGUGGCAGCUCAAGCCUUGUUGCUCCUGGUUAUCUUCCUCCUCUCUAGUUUAGGGAAUUCUGCGGUGGUGAUUGUCAUAAUAAAACAUCGACAGCUGAGAACCGUUACCAAUGCUUUCAUCAUGUCCCUUUCACUGUCUGAUUUCUUGACGGCCGUUCUUUGUUUACCGUUCUCGUUCAUGAUGCUCUUCAGCAAAGAUGGUGUGUGGAUGUUUGGAGACCGUUUCUGCGUCGCCAACGGGUUCUUCAACGCAUGCUUUGGUAUUAUUUCCACACUGACAAUGACUCUAAUUUCCUUUGACCGGUAUUAUGCCAUCGUGAGGCAACCUCAGGAGAAGAUAGGCAGGAGGAAGGCCAUAACACUGUUGGUGGCAGUGUGGUUAACAGCAGUGUUUUUCUCCAUUCCAUGGUACCUGGUGAUGCGAACGUCCAAGGAUCUAGUCGUCCAUAAAAGGGGCUUCUACCACUGUAUGUAUGUCUUUCACACUGGUACUUCUAGGGUGGGUACCUCUUACAGUAUAGCUUUAAUAGUGGUGUGUUAUCUCCUUCCGUUUGCGCUCAUGUGUUUCUGUCAUUAUAACAUAUGUAAGACCGUUAGGUUAUCAGAAAUAAGGGUGCGGCCGGUGACCACUUACGCGUAUUUACUCCGGUUUUAUAGUGAGAUGAGGACGGCCACGACAGUGCUGAUUAUGAUAGUGUGUAUCAUCUUCUGCUGGGGCCCCUACUGUCUGAUGGGUAUCAUCACCGCCGUGGGAGAUUACUCAUUCAACCCUGUCAUGGACACCGUGGCAAUGUGGAUGGCAUGGGCAAACGGUGCCAUAAACCCGCUCAUUUACGCAAUUAGAAACCCAAACAUAUCGAUGCUUUUAGGCCGAAGCCGAGAAGAGGGAUAUAGGACUAGAAACAUUUCUGCCUACCUAUCUACACAAACCCAAAGCAGGGAUGUAAGAACCAGAGCCGACCAAAUCAGAGACCGGUACGGUGCAAACAACCGGCUGUCUUCCUCCAGCCCAGCGAACGGAGGAGAGGUUGCGAUGUGGGCUUGUAAAAACCCCGCGGUGUUCUUCUGUAGGGAUGCUCAUCCCGAUACUCUGUCCGAACCCACGGUGCCAAAAGUUGAAACUGCAGAUACAAGUCUGUGAUCGUCCUUUUAUUUUCGAGAAACUUGAUGAAUGUCAAAAUGUUGAAGUAAUUUAAAUAUGCCAAAGUUUUGAACAAAUGGAGAAAUCAGAGGAAAAGUAGACCUAACUGUUAAUUAGUGAUAAGGGAUAUAAAAGUCAGUCCUAUGAAUUGACAACCCGCGUUUGAACACUUUACGCAGUGCCAGACGCUAUACACACUGAUGGAACAGAGUGCACAUUUAAAAGCUCAAUUUAUUUUCAGGCCAAUAAAGCAGUGUGAUUUAUAAAAUACUCCAAAUGAUUAAACAUCUCAUUUGAUUAUAUGUAUUACUUUAUGCCUUAUCGGAUACAUGUUUAUUGCGCAACCUUUACCACUGGGCGCAGACGUCAGUUCAACUUCUAGUUUUGAUUUACAUUUGGUUGCGUUGUCAAGUAAUGUGAAUUCAACAAGAGCCAGUCUUUCGAUUCCACUUUGAUUUGAGGCAUAGUUUAUUGCUAUAGUAUUAAACUGUCAAAAGUGGCACCCCAAACCACUAAAUCCCAUUGAACUAACCCAAAGGAAAAACUGGAUAAUGGCGAUAGCUGUUUAAUUUAGGCUGAUUUCCUUUUUGAUUUGGGAUAGUGCAUUUGUGCUCAUUUAUACUGUAUUCAGGGUAGAGGUUUAAUAUGAAAUACUGUGAAGAAUUCAGUCAUUUAAAUAAAGUGUGCGCGCGCUAUGAUUUGAUAUUCAAGAUGUCAUGUAUGGCUGGCCAUAGCGAUUUGCUAGAACACGAAACAAUGCUAUGAAAACACAAUUUAAAUGUGCCUGUAUUAAAAAAGGUGUAUUUUGAAUACCAUACUCAUUAGUUUGUCUAUUUAAAAUGUCAUAAUUGUAUUGCUUGCCAUAAGAAGCUGCGAGUUGUCAGAAUGUGAUUUUAUUGGUGAGUUGUUAAAUCAUAUUUUAACUUAAAAUGUAUAAAUAAAUGUUUUGAAGCAUCAUAUAUUUAUGUAUUGUUCCUUAUAUGUGACACUGCCAAUACAGAUCCUGACCUAGGACAGGAGUGGUGAAACAGCAGCUAGAUGAAUUGUUACCAGAGGUUUUAUUAGUGACAAAGUCAUUAUUCACAAUGCUUUCUGAAUAGUAUCCAAAGUAUUGCAAUUCAUAGAAGCAGAUGUUUCCUCAGAAUGUCUUUAAAACAUUUCAGAAAUCCUUCACUUUCAGACAAGACCAACAGUAAAUGGAACCUGUAGAAUAGAGACAUGGGCGCAUUGGCCACUCCUUACUAUAACUCAGAUGAAUACCUGUCUUUGUUGCACAGUUUGGAAAACAGGGUUAAAUUACUUUUUAGUCAUUCAGCAGAUACUCUUAUCCAGAGUGACAUACAGUUAGUGCAUUCAUCUUAAAAUAGCUAGGUGAGACAAUCAUAUCAAGUACAUUUUCCCUGCAAAGUAUUUAUCAGUGCUAGUGGGGAAAAAGAAAGGGGGAGGGUUGUGAGCAUGUUAAGAUACUUUUCAAAGAGGUAGUGUUUCAGAUGUUUUCGAAAGAUGGGCAGAGACUCCGCUGUCCUGACUUUAGGGGGAAGCUUGUUCCGCCAUUGGGGUGCCAGGACAAAGAGCUUAAGGGGUGGGAGGGCCAAGAGACCAGAGGUGGCGGAACGGAGGGCUUGGGUUGGAAUGUUGGGUUUGAGCAUAGCCUGAAGUGGGGCAUUUCCCCUUGCUGCUCCGAAGGGAAAAAACAGAGUCUUGAAGGUUAUGCAAGCUUCAAAUGGAAGCCAGUGGCGUGUGCAGAGGAAUGGGGUGACAUGAGAAAACUAGUGAAGGUUGAACACCAUGCGGGUUGCAGCCUUCUGUAAAGUUUCAGGGGUUUGAUGGCACAAAUGGUGAGCACAGCCAACAGAGUUGCAGUGGUCUAGAUUAGAGAUGACAAGUGCCUGGAUUAUGACCUGCGCCGCUUCCUGUGUGAGUGAAGGUCGUACUCUAGGGAUGAUGUAGAGCAUGAACCUCCAUCACUGCCUUGAUGUUUGCAGAGAAUGACAGGGUGUUUUCCAGGGUCACACCAAUGUUCUUUGCAAUCUGGGAAAGGGACAUCGUGGAGUUGUCAACCGUGAUGGAGAAGUCUUGGAGUGGGCAGGCCUUCCCUGGGAAGAAUAGCAGCUCUGUUAUGUCGAGGUUGAGCUUGAGGUGGUGAGUAGACAUACAAGCUGAGAUGUCUGCAAGGUACAGAGAAAUGCAUGUCGCCACCUGGGUGUCAGAAGGGGGAAGAGUAGCUGAGUGCCACCCGCAAAGAAACG